UCGGGAACAUGGCCGCGCGGUCCUUGUGGGCGGUCCGGCGGCGAGUGCAGCACCUCUUGGCCUCGAGUGCCGGGUCCGAAGGCAGGGGAUGUCUGCAUCCUUUCAGCACCGCCACCCAGAGGACUGCGGGUGAGGACUGCAGUUCUGAGGAUCCUCCUGACGAUCUUGGACCCUCUCUUGCAGAAAGAGCCUUAAAGCUAAAAGCUGUUAAACUGGAGAAGGAAGUCCAGGAUUUAACAGUGAGAUACCAGAGAGCUAUCGCUGAUGGUGAAAACAUAAGAAGGCGAACCCAGAGAUGUGUAGAAGAUGCCAAGAUAUUUGGAAUUCAGAGUUUCUGUAAGGACUUGGUAGAGGUGGCAGACAUUUUGGAGAAGACGACAGAAUGCAUUUCUGAGGAAGCAGAGCCUGGGGACCAGAAGCUCACUCUGGAGAAGAUCUUCCGGGGGUUGUCACUUUUAGAAGCAAAGCUGAAAAGUGUGUUUGCCAAGCAUGGCCUGGAGAAGAUGACCCCAAUUGGUGACAAAUACGACCCACAUGAGCAUGAACUCAUCUGCCAUGUGCCGGCUGAUGUUGGAGUGCAGCCUGGCACGGUGGCAUUAGUAAGGCAAGAUGGCUACAAGCUUCACGGCCGCACCAUUAGACUUGCCCAGGUGGAAGUGGCAGUGGAAUCUCAGAGAAGACUGUGAAUGGGCCGUGAGGGACUGAAUGUCCUUCGGAGUGCAGUCGCCUGUGUUUCCUUUAUUUAUUAAACUAGGUUUGUAAUGUACAUGAGCUACUUCAUGUGAUCUGUUUUGGGUUUAGUCAUAUUGGCUUUAUUUCUAAGACAUUCUGUUGAUUUACUGUGACCUGUUUGGUCUCAUCAGAAGUCUUAACCAUUGGGCAUUUGAACAAUGUGACAAGUGUUCCUAUGGCCUUUAUCAAAAUAUAUUUAAGAAAAUUCUCUUUAAAUUAGUACUCUGAUGACUUUCAAUCCAAAAUCUUUUUAAGAGGUGGAAACGAGUAUAUGUAUUUUCAACUGAAUGUUCCUUUCUAAUAGCUCCUAUAACAGGAAUUGUAUAGGAACUUGUAUUGUGUGGGGAAGGGAUUGGUUCAACAUUUGGGUACUUAGAUGAUAAAGCUUUAUAGUUGUAUGAAUUUAGAUCGUUUGGGUUGAUUUUUAUACAUAUAGAUUUUCAGGACAUUAUUUUCCUUUUAGCCAUUUUUUGUCUUAUAGUUCCUGCCAAGUAGACUUUAUAUUCAUACUCAUUGUCUUUUUCUGAUUCCCAGUUACAGGGCUACAUACCCAGGCAAGAUUUGGAAGGCAGGGAACAUCGAGAAAUUAAGAUACCCAGUUCCCUUUAUAUCACAUGUGUGUAAACAUAUCAUUCCUCUUUUGUGUACUGACUUCCUAGAGUUAAUGAGCCUAUAUGUUUAUUUUUUAUUUCAGUUUUCUUGUAGCUGGUGUUCCAUAAAAGGUUUCUUCAAUUGAUGAGACUUUAAAAAGGAGGUCACUUACAGCUAUUUUAAUGCUAGAAGAGGCCUUAAUGAUGAUCUAAUUUUACACUUUCUGCUUCUUCUGAAGUAUGAAAACAGUGUUUAUAGAACUGGACACACACAAAAAAAGUUUCUAAAACUGUUGAAUUAAAUUUCAGUGAGAACUUGAAUAAAGAACAACUAGAUAUUAACUUCAGUCAUUUAAGAUUCAGUAGUUCUUUAAUGAAGAUGCAAAGAUGUCCCCAGCAGACAGUUAAGUGUUAACUGUCCAUAUUGCAUAGGUUUAGGGUUUGUUUUGUUUUCCUUCAUUGCUUUAAUUGCAUAGGUUUAGGUUUAAGUUAGUUACUAAAAUAAAUCCAUUUCUACUGGAACUCGGUGACCUCUUUCAGUGGAGUGGAAAAGUUAUUCUCUUAGACAUCAUGUAUAAUUAAUUCUAGGACACUACAUAGACUUGUAUCAAUAAAAGCUAUCCAGUAAUGGGCCCUACCAUCUCCACCAGAUUUGGACACUUCAAAAAAAAAUGCAUGCUUUUAAAAUGUAAACAAAACAUUGGUGAUAAGAUUUUAAAACCAGAACCUCUUGGCAUCCCACUAAGUGUAUAGUGUAAAUUUAAUAAGCAGUCAGAUUUCACAAUAAGAAUUUGCCUUUUUUUACCUGUAGUCCUUUGAGAUUGACAAAUGACAAGAAAAUGAGCCACUUAUAAUUAUUCAUGUGUUCUUGGAUUAUUAGUUGUCACUACUAGAAAAUUAAAAUAACCAUAAUUUUAGGUAUGGAAUGUUCUGAUUACUUGAAAAGUUUUCUAAUAUUCCUUGUAACUUCCUGUUUUAGCUAGUAGAUUGAGAAUAAUUUUAGAUUCUUUUAUUAUUCAGUAGUUUUUGCUGACUUAAAAGUAUAAAUUUAGAAAAUGGACAGUAAGAAUCUCAAAAAGUUGAAGGGCUUUUGGGAGUUAGGGCUAGCGUAAUCAGACAUAGGCUUGAUAGUGAUAAACCUGAACAUAAAUCCUAGCUCAGUCAUCAGUGUAACGUUGGGCCCCAUUCACUUCACCCUUCUGAGCCUACUUAUUCGUAAAAUGGUUAUAAUCUCACACUAUUUGAGGAUCAAAUGAAAUGUGUAAAUUGCCUAUUAUAGUAGGCUCUCAAAUAUUUAUUUUUAUUGCUGUUUAUUGUACACAUUGUUUUUCCUACGUUUAUAUAGCUACCUAAAGUCUAGGAAAAGGGAAUACUGGUUAAGAAGUGCUUAACCAUUAAAACUUACAAGCUAAUCAGAGUGAUUUAUUUUUCUUCCAGCUUCUGAUUAUUUGGGGGUUUGUUUUGUUGUUUUUUUAAACCAUAACGCAAGAAAUCCACGUUUUUAGACUGAAGGAGCAAGAAAAUCGUGUUGAUGCUCUGAAUCAUUUUCACUUGAUGAUUAUGUGAAAAGACAUUGGCUUGCAGAGGGUAUGUAAUGAAGCUUUGGCUCACUUUAAAGAGGGGAUCUUGGUAUUUUAGUACUUAGAGUCUACAAAUCUCACAGAUUUUCCUCAUUGCCAUGAAGGAAUCAGUUUGAUACUGAUGUAACUUCUUUGGUGCUUUCAUGACAAAGGAUUUGAUAAGUGAAGAGAGGCUCUUAAACACUAAAGCAAAAUCAAAUAGAGAAAACUAAAGAUGAUAUAUGAUAUUCAGAAAUAACUUUAAUAAAA